AUGGUUCAAGGUGGUGUGGUGGAGGUUCCUCCCGAUUACGUUCCGCUGGAACAUGUGCGGCGGGCCAUGAAGAAUGCGGACUGCCGUACUCCCGUUAUUUUAUUUUACGAGGACGGUGAUCCUUUCCUAUCAUUAUGUAAAAUUGCAAAAGAGACCCAAUCUGCUGUUUGGCAUUUUGAUCUCGCCGUUAUGAGAAGUGUUCAAAAUGCCAUGGAUUACAUUGAUGUGGGUACUAAAAAUGGUGAUUGGGUUUUUAUUACCCAUUGUGAACAGGUGGAACAACAUCUAUUUCGAGAUAUAGCACUUAUGGUUUUUCUUCUUAAACCAGAACCGAAAAAAUAUCCUCGACGAGAAUUUUUUCGGUGUAUAUUUUGUGUUGAUCGGGCGUUUGAUGUGGAAGUAAAUGUGGGAGCACCAUUUCCCCCUCUUAUAAUAAAGAAUUCCAUUAUUGCUCGUAAAAUAGACGAGAAUGCCGCUAAAUGGUCUCUUAAACUCCCUUCUGAAGCGAAGUAUCGAGAAAUUGAGGAGCUAAAGCGUGAAAGACGUCGUGCACAGGGUCGGGAUAGUGACAGUGAAACGGACCUGGAUGAGGAUGAGAAAUUAUCUGGUAAAUGGUUUCAUCGCUCUGUGGAACUAAACAAAGCAGCUGAUGACUCUCCAUUAACUAUGGCUGAAGAAGAAAUGGAAAUUGCCCUUGAUACCGAAGAUGUGGAAACCAUCACGGAACUUGUUACAAGUGGAAAAAUUGAUUUAUCUAAAGAAAUUAAAUGUGGAAUGACACCACUUCAGUAUGCCUGUUCAGUUGAAAAGGUAAAGUCUGCUAUUUGUUUACUUGAAUGUGGGGCAGAUCCGAAUGAACCUCGAAAAAGUGAUGGUCGUCCACCAAUGUUUAUGGCCCUUGAGGAUACAACCCUUGUGAAGGCAUUGGUGGAUCACGGGGCCGACUUGUUCGCAAGAUUUCAAGGCUACCGUGUGGACAGUCAUCCAGAUACCUCACCUCAGGUCGCAGCGAUGACAAGGAAAAUGAGACAAGCGAUGUAA